AUGGCAUCCAAGGAGAACCCUAUUAAUAGGAUGGCUGCUGAGACCACGAAAGAGCUUGCGACCGAGUCGGAGCCUUUCGAUCGCGCCGCUAGCGAAGUCUCACCGCAUAUUACGGUCUACUCCAAAUUCCUCGGCUGGUAUGCCUCACCUUUAUUCCAACUGGUUUUAGUUGCGCUCAUCUGCUUUCUUUGCCCUGGCAUGUUCAAUGCUCUGAGCGGCAUGGGAGGAGGUGGAAUGACAGAUGCAACACUAGUGGACAAAAUGAACACUGCUCUAUAUGUUACCUCUGCAUUCACUAGUUUCUUUUCAGGUACGAUUGUGAACCGACUUGGUGUGCGGCUCACGCUUGCCUGUGGAGGGAUAGGUUAUUGUAUAUAUGUUGUCAGCUUGCUCACCUCGUUACACAAACACGUUCCCGGUUUCAACAUCUUUGCCGGCUUCUUGCUUGGCGUCUGCUCGAGCCUGCUAUGGACGGCUCAAGGCACAAUCAUGGUGUCAUACCCAUUGGAGCAACAAAAGGGACGCUUUUUCACUUUAUUUUGGUCAAUCUUCAACGUUGGAUCAUGCGUUGGGAGUCUAAUUGUGCUUGCCAACAGCAUUAAUGCGAAGACCAAUGUCAACGUGCCAGACAGCACGUACAUCGUUUUUGUCGUUCUGACAUUCUUGGGCUCCGUUAUUGGGCUCUUCGUCUCUGAUGCAAAGAAGGUUGUCCGGUCGGAUGGGUCGAGAGUCGUUCUGAUGAAGAACCCUAGUUGGAAGUCCGAGUUUGUCGGCCUCUGGACAACCCUCCGCGGUGAACCCGCCGUCUUGCUCCUUUUCCCUAUGUUCUGGUCGUCCAACUGGUUUAUCUCCUACCAGACCAACUCCGUCAACAGUGCUUACUUCAACACUCGCACCAAGGCAUUGAACACUUUCCUCUACUACAUUGCUCACAUCCUCGGAGCUUGCUUUAUUAGUACAUUGGAUCUAAACUACUUCCGCCGCACUAUCCGCGCUAGGGGAAUGCUUGUCAUUCUCUUCGGUCUGACGAUGAUCAUUCAUGGUGGCGGCUAUGUGUUCCAGAAACAAUACACUCGCCCCCUAGGUGGCGCUAAACCAUCAAUCAAUACGGACUGGAGUGAUCCAGGUUAUGGGGGACCGAUGUUCUUGUACUUCUCUUAUGGAUUCUAUGAUGUUGUCUGGCAGGGUGCAGUGUACUGGUAUAUUGGAACGCUCAGCAACUCCAGUCGAAAGAGUGCCAACUAUGUCGGCUUCUACAAAGGUAUCCAGUCUGCCGGCGCUGGUGUCAUGUGGGCAUGGGACUCAACGCACCCGGCGUAUAUGGCCGAAUUUGCUAGUAAUUGGGGUCUUUUGGCUGGCUCCGUGAUCUGUGCUGCCCCCAUGAUCUGGUUCAAAAUUAAGGAUCAUGUUGAUAUAGAGGAGGAUUUGGUGGGCACAGACGAAAAACUCGAAGAGGUGGAGCCUACUCAUGCCCAAACAGGUGAUUUAUCACGCGUAGCUUGA